GGCUGCAGCUACUUCCUCGUCUGCCCGGCUGCGCGCUCCGGACAGCUCUGUCGGCCGCGGCGCGGGGCGGGGCACUGCGCCGAGCUGCUCUGCCUGCCUCUGCUCGUCCGGCUGCCCAGGGUGGACGCAGGUCCUUGAAGGCGCACCACUGCAAACCAGACAAAAAGAAACUCUGAGGCGCCCGCAGUGCCGGCUGGAGGGGCGUUCGGUUGGCUUGUCGUGCGUGGUCUUUAGAAUCAGCCGCUCCAGGAAGAGAGAUGUCGAAGCCGCCACCCAAACCGGUCAAACCAGGGCAAGUUAAAGUGUUCAGAGCUCUUUAUACGUUUGAACCCAGAACUCCAGAUGAAUUGUACUUUGAAGAAGGUGAUAUUAUCUACAUUACUGACAUGAGUGAUACCAAUUGGUGGAAAGGCACCUCCAAAGGCAGGACAGGACUAAUCCCAAGCAACUAUGUGGCUGAGCAGGCAGAAUCCAUUGACAAUCCAUUGCAUGAAGCUGCAAAAAGAGGCAACUUGAGUUGGUUGAGAGAGUGUUUGGACAACCGAGUAGGUGUUAAUGGCUUGGACAAAGCUGGAAGCACCGCCCUGUACUGGGCUUGUCACGGGGGUCACAAAGAUAUAGUGGAAAUGCUAUUUACUCAACCAAACAUUGAACUGAACCAACAGAACAAGUUGGGAGACACAGCUUUGCAUGCUGCUGCCUGGAAGGGUUAUGCAGAUAUUGUCCAGUUGCUUCUGGCAAAAGGUGCUAGAACAGACUUAAGAAACAAUGAGAAGAAGCUGGCCCUGGACAUGGCUACUAAUGCUGCCUGUGCAUCUCUCCUGAAAAAGAAACAGGGAACAGAUGCAGUCCGAACAUUAAGCAAUGCCGAGGACUAUCUUGAUGAUGAAGACUCAGAUUAAUUCCUUUCCAGAGCUUUGAGAUCUAAAACUUGUGUUGCUUUUGCCAUUUCAAAGCCUUGUCUUUGCCAGAAGAGUGUUGGUAACUGUAAAAAAAAAAAAAAAAGUCUAUAUGAACGUGGCAGUAUUGCACUGUUUGAAUAAAACAUGUAAAUGAAUAGUUCUCACCUUCAGUUUGCCAAUAAGUGACUGGAUAUUUUGCUGUAUAAAGUACAUUUUUGUUCACCAGAGUAGAACAAGAAGAGAUUAUUUCUAUUUAUCAAGCUUAAAGGAAUUUUAAGAAUUUUUUUCUUUAAAAAAAUCGGGAUUUUUUUUUUUUUUUCAAGUUCUUUA